AGCAUCAGUAGGGAAGGGAACUGCACAUUGUUUUGGAUAGGACUUGAACUGUCAUUCCCCCCGUGUGCAUCUCUGAGAGAAACAAAGGCGAAACGACAACAACAGCACGACUUAGGCUAUUGCUCGGAAACGCAUGCUCGAAUCAUGCAGUUAUUUUUGCGACCAUGUUGAAACAGUUUACGAACAUAACUGCACAUCUGUAUCUCAUAUGUCGCAAUUUCUGGAACGAUAUAAAUUAUAUGGUUUUGGCUUUAUUUGGAAUAACGCGCUGCGUACAACCUCGAGAGCUGACUGGAAAAAAGUUCCUUUACAUAUCGGGUACUAAAUUCCUGCAUGGUGGCAAUGACAACAAACUACACAUUGUAGCAAAACCAUGAGGAGCGUUUCUGUGCUCUGUGAAGAAUUUAGAUUUAAAAAUCUGAAGUCUAAUGAAGACUGUAACCUCAUCUCUAUGCUUAGAUCAGAGGAGAACGGGAGGAUGGAUUUUGGCAGAAGAAUGUCUCCAGCCUUCUCCACGAAGUGUUUCCUAUUUAGGACUGAGGAGCUCAGGACGUACCUUUUCACGUUUGUGAUGUUUUACCUGUUAAUAUGCACUGAAGGAUCCUAUUCUAAAACCUGUGAUAACUGCAUCUUUGGAAGAUGUAUCAAUGGAACUUGCGUCUGUGACCAGGGAUGGGCUGGAGAUCAGUGUCAACAUUGCCAAGGGAAAUUCAAGUUGACAGAGUCCUCAGGAUCACUCACCGAUGGACCAGUUAACUACAAGUACAAGACUAAAUGCACUUGGCUCAUUGAAGGAUACCCAAAUGCUGUGCUGAGGUUGAGGUUCAACCAUUUUGCCACAGAGUGCAGUUGGGAUCACAUGUAUGUUUUUGAUGGAGACUCUAUUUAUGCACCUUUGAUAGCUGUGUUUAGUGGCCUGGUUGUCCCAGAAACAAAAGGAAAUGAAACCAUUCCAGAGGUGGUGACCACAUCUGGAUACGCGUUGUUGCACUUUUUCAGUGAUGCUGCCUACAAUCUUACAGGAUUCAACAUCUUAUAUUCGCUAAACUCUUGUCCUAACAACUGUUCAGGUCAUGGAAGGUGUACUACGGGCAACUUCAUCUCUAGCAGUGUUUACUGCGAGUGUGAGCGAUACUGGAAAGGUGAGGCGUGUGAUAUUCCCUACUGUUGGGAUGACUGUGGCAGUCCUGACCGUGGAUACUGCGACCUCACCGGAGAAAAGCUCUGCGUCUGCAAUGACAGCUGGCAAGGUCCAGAUUGCUCUUUAAAAUUUCCUUCGACUGAACCACACUGGUUUCUGCCUAACGUGAAGCCUGAUGGACAGUCACUAGGCCGGGCUUCUCAUAAAGCAGUGGUUCUUGGGAAGCUGAUGUGGGUGAUUGGAGGGUUUACCUUUAACUACAGCUCCUUUCAGAUGGUUAUAAACUAUAAUCUAGAAAGCAGCACAUGGGAUGUGGUGCCAAUCAAUGGUGGCCCUCUGCAGCGCUAUGGACACUCUCUGGCUCUUUACAAGGAUGAUAUCUACAUGUUUGGUGGGAAGCUCGAGGCAGGCUCUGGGAACAUAACAGAUGAACUGUGGCAGUUUGAUACACGUAGCCGUUCCUGGUCCCUCAGGACGCCCAGUCCCUUGCUGCAGUCCCAACACUUCGCCGUGGAGGGACAUACUGCUCAUAUAGUUGACAACAGAAAUGGAGAGCCUAUCAUGGUGGUGUUUUUUGGCUAUUCACCAAUUUAUAGCUACCUCAGCCACGUCCAGGAGUACAACAUUCGCACUAACUCCUGGUUGGUGGCAGAGACGAAUGGAGCGCUGGUGCAGGGAGGAUAUGGUCACAGCAGCGUUUAUGACAGCUCCUCACAUUCCAUAUAUGUCCAUGGAGGAUACAAAGCCCUCCCUGCCAACAAAUAUGGCCUAGUGGAUCAUUUAUACCGCUAUCAGGUCAACACGCACACCUGGUUUAUUCUGAAGGAAAGCGGCCUGGCAAGGUACCUCCACUCCGCUGUGCUGAUCAGUGGAGUUCUUCUGGUGUUCGGGGGAAACACUCAUAAUGACACCUCACUCAGUAACGGGGCCAAAUGCUUCUCCUCCGACUUCCUCUCCUAUGACAUAGCAUGUGAUGAGUGGACAGUUCUUCCAAAUCCCAGUCUUCAUCGUGAUGUCAAUCGCUUUGGACACACAGCUGUUGUCAGUAAUGGCUCAAUGUACAUUUUUGGUGGUUUCUCUGGUGUGAUUCUGAACGAUGUGCUGGUGUAUAAGCCUGCCAGCUGUGAGGCCUUCCCGGAGGUGGAUCUUUGUCAGAGCGCUGGUCCUGGUGUUCGCUGCGUCUGGAUCAAAGAACGCUGUGUACCCUGGGACUCCAGCCAUGCUAAUGACAGUGUGCCUGCCUCCUUCUGCCCUGCGCGCACCAAUGGAGCUGAUAAGCAGUGUCAGCAGUUUUCUGACUGUGCUUCCUGUACGGCCAACACCAAUGACUGCCAAUGGUGUGAAGACAAGAAAUGCAUCUCUUCUUCAAGCAACUGCACUGUGCUUACAAUUGAGCUUGCCCGCCACCCUCGAGGUCCCCUGUACCUCAACCCUCCCCCUGCCAUGCUGUCUGAUCACCAGCUCUCUAUUUGGAGACCCGGUCUGCGCAAAACUGGCCAGUCUGUGAAGAACUAUACCAAAUGCAGUGUUCGAGGUGAGCAGGUUUGUACCAAACUGGGGAAUUGCAGGAGUUGCUCGCUUAACAUCAACUGUCAGUGGGAACCACAACAGCAGGAAUGUCAUACUCUGCCUGCCCACCUGUGUGGAGAGGACUGGAGUCAGAUUGGAGAUGCAUGUCUGAGGCUGAAUGCCAGUAAGGAGAGUUAUGAUAAUGCCCAGCACUACUGUAAGAACCUGGAUGGCAACAUUGCAUCUCUAACCUCAGCCAGGCAGGUAGACUUCAUACUGGAUGAGCUGCAGAAGUAUCAGCUACAUGGGAGGAAACUCACUCCCUGGGUGGGUCUAAGGAAGAUAAAUGUUUCAUACUGGGGGUGGGAGGACAUGUCUCCCUUCACUGCCAGCACGCUGCAGUGGUUACCAGGGGAGCCAAGUGACUCAGGUUUUUGUGCGUACCUGGAAAGAGCUGAGGUAGCCGGACUCAAAGCCAAACCCUGCACUGCCAACACUGAGGGGUUGAUCUGUGAGAAGCCAGUUGUGAGCCCAAACCUUACCAUGCGUCCAUGUAAGAUGCCCUGCUCCCUGCGAACCACCUGUGCCAACUGCACCAGUCAGGCCAUGGAGUGUAUGUGGUGUGGCAGCACCAAGCGCUGUGUGGAUUCCAACGCGUACGUCAUCUCCUUCCCUUACGGCCAGUGCCUGGAGUGGCAAACUGGAGACUGUGGAGUUCAGAACUGUUCAGGUCAUCGUACAUGUGGUCAGUGCCUGGGACAGCCUGAUUGUGGUUGGUGCGGAGACCCCACAGACACAGGUCAGGGCCAGUGUAUUGAGGGAUCAUACCGUGGACCAAUGAGGAGCCUGAGUAGACAGAGCCGAGAGAGGGUAUUGGACACCAGUAUCUGUUCAAGGGAAAAAGGCUAUGACUGGGCCUACAUAACCUGCCCAGCAUGUCAGUGUAACGGACACAGUGUGUGUGUUAAUGGCAGUGUAUGUGAGCAGUGCAAGAAUCUCACAACUGGGUCGCAGUGCCAGAUCUGUCUACCUGGUUACUAUGGAGACCCAACUAAUGGAGGGAAAUGCCAAGCCUGCAGAUGUAACAACCAUGCUAACGUGUGCCACUCCAACUCAGGGAAAUGCUACUGUACCACUAAAGGGGUCAAAGGGGACCAGUGCCAGCUAUGUGAUUCCGAAAAUCGCUACCUUGGAAACCCACUUAGAGGAACAUGUUACUAUAAUCUUCUGAUAGACUACCAGUUCACCUUUAGUCUGCUUCAGGAGGACGAUCAGCAUUACUCAGCUAUUAACUUCAUGGCGACUCCGGAAGAGACCAACAAGAAUCUCGAUAUGUCAAUUAAUGCGUCUAACAAUUUCAACAUCAACAUAACGUGGUCUAUAGGCUCAACAGCGGGUACGAUCUCAGGGGAGGAAUUCCCCAUAGUGUCCAAGACUAACAUCAAAGAGUACAGAGACAGCUUCUCCUGUGAGACUUUCUCCUUCCUUGCAAAUCCCAACAUCACUUUCCAUGUUUAUGUCAGCAACUUUUCAUGGCCAAUCAAAAUACAGAUCUCCUUCUCUCAGCACAGCAGCAUCAUGGACUUGGUGCAGUUCUUUGUCACAUUUUUCAGCUGUUUCCUGUCCCUGCUGCUGGUUGCUGCUGUGGUUUGGAAAGUCAAACAGACGUGCUGGGCAUCACGCAGGAGAGAGCAACUAAUGAGAGAGCGCCAGCAGAUGGCCAGCCGUCCGUUUGCCUCUGUUAUAGUGGCACUCGAUUCUCCAGAGGAAGAGGAGGAGCUUCUGCAGGGCCAGGUGGAGGCUGGUCCCAUAGCUGUUGAGCCAUGUUCUGGGAAUUGUGCUGCUGUGCAAACAUUGCUGAUGAGUCUUCCACGGGCAUCUUCUGGAGUGCCUCCCCCCGGCCAGUGUGGCAUUACCAUAGCCAGUGCUCUUAUUGAUACGUCUCAGCAGAGACCCGGUGACUUCAAAGACAAGGGCUUGAGUCUAAAGAGCCGCAAACAGCAGCACACGGUGCACCAGGGAACCUGCGUUUGAACCAGCCGACUGACCUCACAGGAACCUCCGGGACGCAGGGAUUCUGAUCUCUUUUCUCCCCUCUCUCUCUCUCUCUCUCUCUCUCUCUCUCUCUCUAGAAGGUAUUGAUGAGAGGGGAGCUCUUGAAGUGUAAAUGACAAAGGAGGGUUGAGACAUUAGUAGUCCGUGUGUGGCUCCUCCUAAAUUCCACGCUCCAUAGUGGAGCUCGUAUUCCCUCAGUAUUGAUUGAACCUCUGUAGAGGACAUCUGCAUUUUGAUUGUGCCCACUGGGUUUCUGUUUUUCAACAGCUGCUUCUCAAAAGGGGAGUGAAACUCACUGUGACCCUUAAAAGGUUACAGGCCAGAAUGAGUCACCUGAUCACAUAUGUAGAGGUAACCCUUUCUCUUUUAGGGUUUCAUUUUGUCAUUUAUUGAAAUGUGUUUUGAUGACUCUUUGAUACAGUAAUUAUCGUUAGCCGAGGACUGUAUUCAAUACAUACAUUUAAUACAUUGUUUUUCGAACAGAAACAAAAUAUGUUGAAGACGUCUAACUCUGCGAAGUCAGGACGUGCGUGUGGAAAGUUUAAUUUUGUCUUGCAGAACUGACAUUUGUAUCUCCUAGUGGCUAUACACUUAUAUUCAAGAACUGAAAAGACCACAUACAUAUAAUUUAGCUUUGAACUUGACUGUAUGCUAGUAUGCCACAGUAUAUGAAUAGAUAGAUAAAGAUUCACUUUUAGACAACAUACAUUAUUUGGGGUCAGUAAGCUUUGUUUUAUGAAAUUAAUAGCUUAGUUCAGCUAGGAUGUAUUAAAUUAUGCAAAAAC